ACUAGAUGAUCAUAAGGUCCUUUCCAGCCCAAACCAUUCUGUGAUUUUAUACAUUUCUAGACCCAGUUAGAUGACGGACAGAAAACAUUUAAAGCUUUUAGCUGUUUUUUUACCAAACUAAUGCCCACCUCUGUAUUGCCCUCUUGUUGUAACUCUUUACAUUUGGGUGGCCUUUGUAUCUAUAUGGGGGAAGGAGUUACUUUGAGGAAAAGGUUCCUGGAAUAACAUCUAACCUUUUUAGACAAUAACUGCAUAGUUGGCUUCUUGUGCCUGACAGUUCCUCACGUAAAUGAAGGCAGUUUCAAGGCCUGUUAUGUUAUUAAGUCUUUUGAUAUACAGAGACUUGGACAAGUGUAUGGAGAUCCCUGUGUGGAAGAGGCUUAUUGAAAAAGAUUAGCAGCACACUUUGCUUAUGUCAGUUAAUCGUAGCAUCAUCCUCAUUUUGGCUUUGAAGCCUGUGAUGAUAGGGCAUGAAACACUUGGCUUCUGAUGCAUGUGGUGCUACUUACGCAUAUCAAAGAGGGACCUAUCAACUGAAGUAUGACUAUUGGAGCCCCUGUUGUGGCAGAAAGCUCCAUAAAUUAACAGCAAUAGGUAUGUGCUUAUGCUGGGAGGACACAAAAAGGGAGCUGUCUGCAGAAGUUGCAGUUUUUGCUGGGCAGUUGCAAGGGAACUGUGCUGAAAGGGAGUGUUUCUGCUUUCUCAGCAUCAGUCAACCACAAUGGCAUCCCAGGAGUGUUUGUGUUAGGUCCUCCUCCAACCGUAGCAAGGCACUGUAGCAGGGUGCUCCCUUCCCUUCCUGCCCUGAAGUAGCCUUUGCUAGUGGCAGUGUUCCACGAUGUCCUUGACAGCAUUGGUGGAGAAAUAGGGUGUUUUCUCUGGGUGCUGGGGGUGGGUUUUGUUGUACACAGGGUACAGGGAAGUUCCUCUUGUAUGUAGGCUUGGUGUAAUUGGAAGUUGUUGUUCUGGGACUCUUCUUUCAUUAAGGUCAGUGUUUUGAGAUGUCUGAAAUCAAGCAACUAACUCGUGAUGCUGGCAUUGGAUGAAGAAGUCUGGUUCCUCAGUCAUGGAGUGCUGAAGUGAAUGGAGUCCCUGGAAACCUUGAAACCUCUGAAAAUCCACUUUGUUUUGGAAAUCCAGUUCUGUAACCAGUUUUGCACAUCUUCAGUAGUUUCCAUGUGAACAGCACACAGGACUGAGUUGCAAGAGCAAGAAGGCAGGAUGUUUUCGAGACCAAAGCCUGGGGAGUCCGAGGCAGACCUGCUGCACUUUCAAAACCAGUUCCUGGCAGCCAGAGCUUCACCUGCAGUGAAGGUUGUGAAGAAAGCAGACAAGAGGAAAGGGGAGGAAAGGACCACAGAUGCUGAGAGACCCCCGCUACAGGACAGCAAGGAUGUGGUCAUGUUGGAUGAUUUUCCUGAUACUUUGCCAGCUCUAACUCCAGCUCCUCCAAAAAAGUCAAAGAUCAAAAAUGCCUAUGUCCACUUUGAGGAUGAAGAUCCAGAGGAAAGACUGGAGAGUCAUGAUCGACACAUUACAGCAGUCUUCAGUAAAAUUAUUGAACGAGACACGAGUGCAGCAGCAGUGACCAUGCCAGUGCCCACUGGAGACCCAUUUCCAAGGACGUUUCACCGCUCUGAGAUAAAAAGUGAGGUGAAGGUGGCAUCUGGCAGAAAAAGCAUCUUUGCACAAAAGAUGGCAGCGAGAAGAGCUGCUGAAAAGGCAGCAACAGCCCCCUCUGCUGCCGAGUGCACGCAAAUAGGAUCAGCUGCUCCGGAUGCCCAGGAUCCUGGGGGAUCAGCAGGAGAGGCGCCUUUCCUUAGCACCAGGGAUGAUAAAGCUGGUGACUUUUUGACCUCUCAGCAGCCUUGUCUCAUAACGGGAGAGGGUCUUGGAAGCCAAAAGAGUGAGGAGGAAGUUCAAGCUAUUCACAGAGAGAACUUGGAGAAGCUGCAGUCCAUGUCUGAGGAAGAGAUCCUGCAGGAGCAGGAAAGGCUUCUGGCUCAGCUGGAUCCCAGUUUAGUUGCUUUCUUAAAGUCACGACGUGGUGGCAAUGAAGGCCAGAAGAAGGAAUUAAAAAUGGAACAGAACAGACAGGAGGAGUUUGUGGAAACUCUGCCUGUGGCUCAGCAUGGUGUAAGAUCAUCUCUUUCCAUGCAGGAGUCUGGUCUGGAAGAAUCUGUAAGGGAAGAAGAAAAUACGAAGGUGGAAAUCACAGAUGAUGAUCUGCCUGUGAAGCCCAAGAAGGAAUGGAUUCACAUGGACAAUGUGGAGUUUGAGAAACUGGAAUGGAUGAAAGAUUUGCCCUUGCCCCAGCAGAAGAAAACCAAAAAGGGAAUGCAAGCUCGAUUCAGUUUAAAAGGAGAAUUGAUUCCUGCAGAUGCUGAUUUACCAACACAUCUAGGCCUGCAUCACCAUGGAGAAGAGGCAGAGAGGGCUGGUUAUUCUCUCCAAGAGCUCUUUCAUUUGUCUCGCAGCCAAGUUAUUCAACAGAGGACACUGGCUCUGCAGGUCUUGGGUCGUAUUGUUCAAAAGGCCAGGGCUGGAGAGUUUGUUUCCUCCUUGAAGGGCAGCAUUCUGCGUCUGCUGCUUGAUGCUGGGUUUCUCUUCUUGCUGCGCUUCUCGCUGGAUGAUGCAGUGGAUAAUGUCAUGGCAGCAGCUGUUGGUGCUCUCCAGGCUCUGCUGGUGUCACUCGAUGAUGAGAAGUAUCUUGAUUGGACUUUCUCAUGGUACCAAGGGAUGGCUGCGUUCCCCUUUGUCCCCAGCAAUGAGGAGGAAGAGGAGGAGGAAGAUGAAGAAUUAAAUGGAACAGAGAAGUCUCAAGAUAAAAAGUUAAAAGAUGAAAACAAGCCAGAUCCAGAUGUGGCCCGAUAUGAUGUUGUAAAGGGACUUUUGAAGACACGAAUCCAGCACCGGCUGAGAUACAUCCUGGAGGUGGUACGACCUGUUCCAACAGUAGUCCUGGAUAUACUGCACAUCCUCACCCACAUAGCAAGGCACUCUUCUGAAGCAUGCAGCCAGCUGCUUGACUGUCCUCGGUUGAUUGAGACCAUUGUCAGGGAAUUUCUCCCUACUCAGUGGGAUCCCCAAGUGGCUGAACCAGGGCGUAUGCUCACCAGUCUCCAUGGAGUUGCCUGUGCCACUGCUAUGAAAUUCAUCAGAGUGUUGGCAUGUGGAGGCCGAAAUGCAACAGCCAGGCUGCUUAACAAAUUUGAAAUGAAAAGUCGAUUGAGUCGCUUUAUAGCCGAAGACCCGGUGGAUCUGCUGCUGCCAAGGGAAGAAGCCAUCAAGCUAAGCACUGAAGCCUUCCGGUUGUGGGCUGUGGCUGCUGCUUAUGGUCAGGCCUGUGAUCUUUACAGGGAUCUCUACCCUGUGCUGGUGAGGAUACUGCAGUCCCUGCCUGAGCUGCUCAGCACUUGCAGUGAGAAGAGCCCUGUGACUGAGUUGUCUGUCCAGCGAGCUUCAGCAGUAGUUACUCUGCUGAUACAUGUGACACAAACAGCAGGCUACACGGCAGAGCUGCAGGCCAAGCUGAGCAGUAAUAGCUCAGAAGAUAGCGAACAGGUUCCACCUCCUCCCAUAGCCUGGAAUCAAGUGUCAGGAUUACAGCCCUUCCUUGAGACCAGUCUGAAAAAAUUCCUCCAGGAGAUAUCCCAGACAGAAACUUGGCAAACUCUCCAGCCUCUGACCACAACUUACGUGAUCUACUUGGGAGUUUAUUACAGUGCUUGUAGCCAGCAGCCAUCAGUCAAUCCAAUUGACUGCUUAGAGGAACUGGAACGUUUGACGUCUGAGGUGCUGCAGCCCCUUCUCAGCCAACCAGCCGUACAGAGCAUGUGGGACCUGCUCAGGCCAUGUUCUGCUUUGUGCAACCCUCUGUCCUGUUCCCCAGCACCAGAAUCUGUUUUCAGCAUUGCAUCUCUGAGUUGCACUGGAGGCAAACCUCCUUUGAGCCUCGUUGGCUCCAAGUCACCUUUCCCCUUUCUCACUGCCCUGCUGUUUCUCAUCAACAGCAUCACUGACAUUCACAAGGGUCUGACCAGCAAGUACAGCUCUGUGCUGGGCUUCAGAGGCUUGAAGGAUUAUCUGCAUCAAAGCUGGCAGGGCGGGCCUCCCUCUGUAACUCCUUCAUCUGCAUGGAUCCUGCGCCAUGAAUAUCAUCUGCAGUAUUUUGUGCUAGCAUUGGCUCGGAGAAUGGCAGGUGCUUGUCCGAAUUACACCCAGCACGCCUCACUCCAUCACUGUGUUGCCAUGGCAUUGCUAAGCCGUCUGUUGCCAGGGAGUGAGCAUCUGGCUUAUGAGGUCCUACUGGAUCUUGCCUUUAAUCCAGAGUUUCUUCCUGAAGGGAGAGCUGGAGGGCCAGAAGCAGCUGACUUCUCUGAUAUCCUGCAUCUGGGUAGCAGUGCCAAACUGGCACAGCCUGGCUCUGCGGCAGCAUCUUAUUCAAAGGCUACUCGUGGUGCCCUGCUGAGAGAAUCAUACCAGGAUCUACCUUCCAUCCGCUCCUGCUACCUUUCUCAUUUUGUCCACUUGCAGCCUACCCUCAUGCGUUCCCAGGCAUCCUACCAAGGACGGAAUUACCUCAUCCAGUCAAUGCUGCUUCCUGAGGUCAAAGGGCCUAUCUUGCCUUCAGACUGGCCGUUCUUUCCACUUAUCAGCCUUUACAACAGAGUGACUAAUGCAGAGACACGUGGGGCUGUACUGAACUCUCUCCCACUUGAUCUUGUCAACACUGUGACCUGGAACCUGCAGUGGGUCUUGUUGCUGGAAACCUGGCGUGCUAAAACCCUUCAAAGCAUCCCUACCGCUGCCAAACUUGCACGGCUUAUGUGUGUAUUCCUCACAGGCAGUGACCUCUUUCUAGAAGCACCAAUCCACCGCUAUACAGCUGCCCUUCUCUCUGUGUAUUGCCAACCCAAGGCAUUGGACUCCUUAAACUUGGAUGCUCCUCUCCCUGGUUUGGCAUCCUUCCACGAUCUCUACAUAAGUCUCCUGGAACAGUUUGAAGCUGUCUCAUUUGGAGAUCCACUCUUUGGAGUCUUUGUUCUUCUACCUCUACAGAAGUGUUUCAGUGUUCAUCUGCGCCUCUCUGUUUUUGGGGAGCACACAAGUAUCCUGAAGGCACUGGGAGUGCCGCUCCAGCAGUUUCCUGUACCUCUCGAGCGAUACACUUCCCCUCCCGAGGAUAACCUGAACCUCUUGCGACUCUACUUCCGAACGCUUGUCACUGGGGCGCUGCGCCACAGCUGCUGCCCUGUUCUUUAUGUGGUGGCUGUGGCUCAUGUGAACACCUUUAUUUUCUCCCAGGACAGCACAACACAGGAGACGGAUGCUGCUCGGAAAAGCAUGCUGCGGAAGACGUGGCUGUUGGUGGAUGAGACCUUGAAAAAGCACCUACUCUACUACAGACUGCCAAAUGCAGAGAGCCCUUUGGGAUUUGACCUUUAUGAGCAGCUCCCUCCCAUGCGACUGAAGUACCUGCAGAUGGUGACACAGAAGGAAAAUAAGGAGAAUGCAGCAGCACGAGUCUCGUAGCAAAACAUUUGUGCAAGAAGUGGGAGUGAAGCACUGGUAGAAUGCUCCCAGGCCUGCAGAACAAUACACAUCAUCUCAAGAUAGGACAAUAGGUGUGUGUGGCCUCUAUGUGAUGAAUGCUGGAACAUUUUCCUCCCAUCUCUUUCAGAUGGUCUGCUUCUUCCAGGAGAAGGUGAGAAUGUGUCUGAAAGGCACUGGACUGUUGACUAAACUGACAAGUGGAAAAGCUAUUUUGUUCAGUCAGGGUGGAGACUGGGUUUUUAUACAAUAUGUGUCUUUCCCAGAUCUUUUCCUUGCUUUUAUUUUGUACCCUGAAUUUUGAGUGGUCUUUUGCCCACACUAUUCCCUGCGAAUAAAAUUACAACAGGAAAGAAGCUGAUCCUGAAAGCCUCUUUAUUUUUUAAAUAUAUAUACAAGCAGUUUCUCCAGGACAGUGUUCUGUGCACGCAGCCAGUCCCACAGACGUAUUGUGUCAGACCUCUAAGAAAUAAGAGUUCCUAGUGCAGUACUACAAACACUGGAUGUCCUCCCUCAGCUGUCUUUUGGAUAGUCUCUAAACUACUUUCUUUUCUCCCUUGUUACAUGUAUAACAAGAUAAAAAAUAACUUAUUUGCAGGGCAGGAUGCUUGGCAGUAACCACUCACCAUUACAGGAAAAAAACCCUAUCUGCUUGUUUAGCUGGAAUAUGUAUUAGUUGCCCUCUGAGAAGAGGGGAAUAUAAUUUGAAUUUUAAAGUGGUGUUCCUAAGCUUAAACCUAAUUUUAAAAAUUCAUAAUUCGAUCCCACUUCUACAUCCAAAUUCUGUAUGACAGCCUCAGACAGAAGGGCUACAAAUACAGUGCCCUGCAAGGCUCAUCACAAGUGCCAGGGCAAGUCCAGAAUUCACCCUAGGUGUGAUCUCGCUGGAUGUUUCAUUUAUGUCCAAUAAUUUCUGCAGAAUUACAGCCACUUGGGUAGGCUUUUGUUUGAAGAAUGUAUUUUUAUGAACAAAACUGGUUAGAGCUAUUAAUUUUGGUUUGUUCUUAUAAAUAAAUUCCUCUGGAAGGUGUAGGGUGAUGCCUUGACUGAAGACCUAAGCUUCUCUCUUUACCUAUCAAAUAUGCCAAGCUAACUUCCUUCCAAAGAAACCACGCCUGUAUUAACCUUCCUCUGGUGAAUGUCCUAGUUAAGAGUGUGCAACACUGUUAAUAGGCUUGUAAUUGCUGAAAUGGUUCCAGAUGGGAAACAAAUUCCAGCUAGCAAUUUUAUAGAAUCAUAGAAUCAUCUAGGUUGGAAAAGACCUUUAAGAUCGGCAAGUCUGAGCGUAAUAUAGUAUCUUUCUUUCACUUGACAGUAAGCGUUGCUGUCCCCUCGCAUGCCUACGUAAUCAUGUAGCGCAUAAGGCAUUUUUGGCCGUGGUGCUGUCUUUGCAGUGGCAGUUUUCCAAGCGUACCAGUCUCCCUUAGGUUGCCAGUAAACACACUAUUUCAUCUUUCCCCCCCCCGAUUUCAAAUAAGACAUGGGUGGAACUGCUGUUUUAUAUUAAACCCACUCUUUUGUGUUUGUGCGGGUUUUUUUCCCCUUUCAGCUUUUGAUCUGUGGUUUCUCUCUGCUGUAGAUCAGUGGCAAACAGAAAGUAACAAAAGCACAGUGGUCAGCAUGGGUAUUUUGGUUGUUAAUUAUUUUAAAAGUACUUGAUGUGAUUAAAAGUUUCAUCAAAGGCAUUCAAGUUUCUAUUCUAUCUAGAUGGUGAGACCCCAGCGGUUGUCUUUCAAGAGCAAUGGAUGGUACAAUAUAAGGACAUUUAAGAGCAGCCUUCAUCAAGAACAUUGCCUUUUGCUUUUCAGACCUCCAGUUAUAAAAACUCUCCCAGUCCUUCGUGUGAUGCAAAGUUUGUAAUGUGUACAAGGUGUAAAUAAAUACUUUGAUAGCUGUGUAGUUUUUCCAGAA